ACCGUAACAGAAAUCAAAGGCAAGACAGAGAAAGAGCAGCAGCGCAUUGACCCUGGUGGAGGAGGCACACGGGAGUGGGCCAGACAGACUCAGAGGCUGAUUUCUAAGAAAGAGGAAGUGACACAGCCUCAAACUGAGACACACAGACACACCGGUCUGCUGCUGCCGACGCACACAUACAUUAUUCUUAAUGUGCUUAUUUUUGUGAUUCUGUAUUAUUCUAAAGGAAUUGCAAGGUAUUGCAAUAGGAAAAAAAUCUGAAUCAAGCUAAAAGCUUGAAAUAUCUUAUUGAGCUAUUAACUUUAAAGCCCAGACAGAACCUAAACGGAGAGAAAAUAUCACUGAACAAUAAGGAGCUCAAACAAAACUACGAAAUAUGGAAGGGGUGGCGUCUGGGGGACUAGUUGUUGUUUCCAUUAGAAACAGCGCUCCUUCAGUUAAUCUCUUAGUGAGGACAAGAGAUCCGAGAAGCAGAUUCACAGAGACCCUGAUCUUCAGAGAAUAACCAUAAUUAAAAUUAUAAUUCUAUAAUGGCAGUUAUGACAGGAGUGAUUGGACUGUUAAGUCUGGUGCUAAUAAAUCAACUUGAAGGAUCUGAUGAUGUUUGUCCUGUAGAGAUUCGAGUAGCACGGAACACCGUAACAUCAGCAGUGGAAAACUCAUCACUGACACUUCACUGUCCAGUGAAACACUGUGGAUGGAGACCAGCAGUUACAUGGUGUAAACGGAAUCCUGCACACUGCAUUACUGUAAAUGUAGCAGACAACAUUAAAAUACAAUGGAAAUACAGUGAAACUGAGCCAAAUACCGGCACCUCAGACCUGAUUUUCACACGUGUGUCCAUGGGAGAUGCUGGUCUGUACAGGUGUGGGGUUUAUGGAACUGUGACCUCUGUCAGUCAUUUGAUUAAUGUCUCUGUCACAGAAAAUGUUAACCAGUGUGCUGUGGAGAUUCCGAAACAAUGGGACACUGUGAUAUUGGCUGUGGACAAGUCCUCAGUGACACUGAACUGUCCAGUAAGGCACUGUGGAGGGACACCAACACUUACGUGGUGUAAAAGCAAAACCACGCCAUACUGCAUAACUGUCAAGGAGACGGACAACAUCAAAAUAGAAUGGAAAAGAGACAUUACAGAUCCAGACAUCAGCACCUCACGGCUGGUUUUCAAAGAAAUAUCCAAGGAAGAUGCUGGUCUGUACAGGUGUGAUGUUUUUGGAAGUGCGCCCCCUGUCAGCCAUCACAUUAACAUCACUGUCACAGUGCUGCCUGCAUACGGCCCACGGAGUGAACUUGUCGCUGUGCUGGACUCACAGCUUCAUACUCCAACCACACUGAAGCAGAAUCAACUUCAUUCAUCAGGUGAAAAAUGUAAAUAUACGUUUGUGUCUGAAGACUGCUGGUGGAGCCGGGCGGCCGACGCCCCGCUGACCAUGUCCUGUCGAGCUGCGUUUGAGAAGCCGGCCACAGUGACGUGGUGCAAACAGGAAGGUGGCCUCUGUACCCCCCUGGAGGACAAAGACAAGUACGGCCUCAUCUGGCUGCAGCCCAGCCCGGCCUGGGGGGUCUCGUACCUCACCGUGUACAACAUCGGCGCGGCGGAUUCAGGAGAGUAUCACUGCCACGCGUCACCGGCCGGUGCCUGUGACACGGGAGACGUUCUCAGCCGUCCGAUUCGGCUGCUGGUGUCAGGGAUUUUCAACAUUAUAAAGAUAGUAGAGAUCACAGUUCUGCUGGGAUCAUUUGCUGCUUUUAAUGUUUACUGGAGACUGAAGUUAUCAGGGAGGAGCUCCCCAGUCCCGCUGACAGAGGAUGACACCUCCGGGGGGGGUCCCAUCCAGGCUGAGACGGAGAACGACGCCGAACUGGACUAUGAAGACUGUGCGACUGUGUGAUACAUACAUGCGGUCAUUGGAGCUGCACUGGCCUGGGAUCAGAUUCAUUUCUGCUUGCUGUUUGUUUCCUGUUCUAUUCUAUACUCCUUGCUGGCCCCCUCUCCUGCCAAAAGCCUGUGCCAGAGACCCAACACAGCACACCACAGCUGCGGUCACAGAGACACAGCAUGUAGUCCUGGUAAAUGGCAGUGAAUACCCCUUUGUAUGCAGACAGUGUUCCCUUAGGAAAUCUCUUACCUCAUAAAAUCGGACUUUGUCUAAAGGUUGAUACUGCUGUGAUUGGUCUGAACGAGGCCAGAGCAGAUGGACGAGGACCGUCUGCGCUGUGAAGUGGAACUUCUCAAAUUAGAUCACACGACUGUUAUUCUGUCCAGGACAGGCAGGAUGGAAUGACUGCUUUGAUCCACUUCAGGGUUUACAGAAUACUGUAAAACUGAAAGUCUCCUGUUCUUAGCUAAAUACUUCAGUUCUUCUUUUGCUUUGGCUGGUCUGCUUCCUUGAUUGAAAGACCCAUCCAGCUGUUUCACCAUAACACAUUAGUGAAACCUGCAUGAUAUCAAAAUACUGCAAGAACUCAGUGCUUAAGUAAAAUUCAAGUCCUUUUAAUGGAAACAGCAAUUUGCAAGGGUGUCACGGUGGUGCUGUGCUUAGCGCUGCUGCCUUCACAGCGUGAAGGUCUUGGGUUCAUUCCUGGGACUUUUCUGUGUGUGGCGUUCAUACACUCUCCCCAUAUUCAUGAGGGUUUCUGCCAGGCUCUGCUUUCCUUCCACAGUCCAAAAGUGUGCAGGUUAGGUGAGUCUAAACUGGCCCUGUGUGUCCCUGACAUGCACCGUCUGCCCUAGUGCCUAGUCUAACUGGCGAGUGGUUAUAUUGUAGAUGGAACAGUAAGUUAGUCGGAGCAUUGUUGUCAGUGUUAAAUAUGUCGGUGGAUGGGAAAUGUUUUCUUUUGUGGUUGAAUUAAAGAAAUGUUUUUGGUGGUUGCUUUGUAAUUUGUUUUUUAGUAAUAAAGUUCGGCUCGUUGUGUUGCGGGUUUUGUCAGCAGUUUUUACGUUUUAUUAUCAUGAAGCAUGAUUUUCAUAACAAUGGAAACAUUUGUACAACUAUGCAAUACCUUGACUUUCUCUAAUGCCCUGUCCCUCAGUAUGUAACUUUAUAAAUUACCUUGUAAUAAUAAAAACAUAAUUAUUA